CCCACCGCGGAAUGAGAGGCUGAGAGGAGGAAUGAAAGGCGAAAAUGCCAGAAGGGUCAGAGGACUGUAGGCAUUGGCAGACCCAUUGACAUCCAUCCCCUGUAACUGUUCAGUACAUCCAUCCAAUCCUGGCAAUGGCACAGGGCAGCCAGCAGAUUGAUAUUCAGGUGCUGCAUGACCUCCGACAACGCUUUCCUGAGAUCCCAGAAGGAGUGGUAUCUCAAUGCAUGCUACAGAAUAACAAUAAUCUGGAAGUCUGUUGUUUAGCCCUUGCACAAGAGAGCAACAAAUACCUGUAUGGGGAGUUCCAUAGCCCUGAUGACACCAGAAUGAGCAGGAACCACAUGCUGCAGAUCAAUCUGGGUAUCCAGCCUCCGACUACUUACCAGACAGGGGAUGGAGGUCAAAUAAAUGGGGGUCGAACACUGGUUCAUAGCACAAGUGAUAGUCACAUUGAACCUCAGCGAGGAGGUGGCAAGCAGCUUGUACGUCUAAUACAGGAGCCGCACUCUGCUCCUGCAGUUGUAGCAACUCCAUCUGGCUACAACCCCUUUUUCCUAAGUGACCAGGGACGAAAUACAGGUACUCCACCGCCACAAUCUCAACAGCCAACGUCCCUUCAACCAAGCAUGAACACAUCACCUAUGCAAGGUCUUUCUCCACCAUAUCAGCCCAUACCUCGAUAUACCAUGAAUCCUAUUACCGUUACGUUGUCACAGAACCUCCCAUCUGGUCAGACUGCUCCCACUGCUUUGCACAUACAUGGUGGUCCAUCACAAAUGCAGAAUACUCCCUACGGGAUGGGUAAUUCCAUUUACAUUAGGCCAGCAUCCCAGGGUACUUCUGGACGACAAACUCCUCAGAACACUGCUUGGUCUUCUGGCCAGUGUUCUCUUCCACAGUAUAACCAUCAUCCUCCACCUGUUUAUCAGCCUCCACAAUCCUAUCAAUCUUCUCAGUAUUCUCCCAAACAGCCACAGCUUCCUCAACAAGCGUAUCGAUCUCCUCCUCCAUCACAGUUCAGCUCUCCCUACAGCUCUCCACAGCAUCAGGUACAAACCAACCAACAAAGUCAUCAGACGUCCCAUGUCUUCAUGCCUAUUAGCUCUCCAACAAUGUCUCACCUACCAUACCAGCCUCCGCAGAAUUAUCCACAGCAGGGCAGUCAGCCAAUGUCCUAUAUUCCUUACUCUGUAUCUGGAAUGUCCAAAGGUCCUAUGAAAAACCAGAUAGAAAUCAAAUUAGAAACACCCCAAAGAUCUGGUGCCAGCAGUACCCGGAGUUCGUCCCCAGUAAGCAGUCAGCCUGCUUUAAGGAGUCAACCUACGCUAUAUAUUGCCACCAAUCCUUCUGGCUCACCGUCAAGAGGAAUGUCGGGACAAAUGAACAUUGUUCAGCCACAGCCAGUGUAUAGUGUACAGCCCACGUAUAUUCAUCAUCAACCAUCACGACCUAGAUCUUCAACUGCUGGCAGUAACCAGGUUAACUCUCCACGUGUGGUUGUAACUCAGCCAAAUACUAAAUAUACCUUCAAAAUUACAGUUUCACCGAACAGACCACCUUCAAUUUCACGAGGGGUGGCAUCGCCUACUUUUGAUCCUGGGAGCAUUUUGAAUUUAGUUGAUUACCAAGGAGAACAUCCAGGAGCCCCGGAACCCAUUCAGCCCAUAUCAGCCAUAACAGGAUCUGGUGUUGAUAAACGAACCGAAGAGCAACGGAGAAAGUCCAGUUCAGGAUCAGAUGACUAUGCUUACACUCAAGCAUUGUUACUCCAUCAGCGAGCACGAAUGGAACGAUUAUUAAAAGAGCUAAACCUGGAAAAACAAAAGCUGGAGAAGCUGAAGGCUGAGGUGAAUGAAAUGGAAUAUGAUCUAAUGCAGCGGCGACUAAGGAGGGUGAACUCCAACGCAUCAAUUCCUACUCCAGAGGAGAUGACUAAACUGCGGAGUCUAAACCGACAACUCCAAAUUGACAUUGACUGUACUUUGAAAGAAAUUGACCUUUUACAAUCUGGAGGGAAUUUUGAUCCAAAAGCCAUAAACAAUUUUUAUGACAAUAUGGGACUAACUGGCCCUGUCGGAGCUGUUCCCCCAAAGUCUAGCAAAAAAGACCCUUCAGAUACUCUAGAAAGAAAAGCAAGGAAAAUUAGUGUGACCUCAAAGUUAAAGAAGGACUCCUCUGAUUCCCAGGCUGCUCCAGCUGAGGAGCAUGGUCACGCUAUGAAGUACAGCCCAAGGCCUCAUCAAAGAGAUGAAGAUUUUGAAGGUGCCCCAUGGAAUUGUAACAGUUGCACCUUCCUCAACCACCCAGCGCUGAAUCGCUGUGAACAGUGUGAAAUGCCAAGGUACACCUGAACUUGAGCGGCCUUGCACUCGCCAGCGAGCAAGAUCCUGAAACUUUGGGCGUUGCGAGGGGACUGAAAUUUGCAACCCAUCUAUCAGACCUUAGUGAGGAUGAAAUAUUUAAAUCUGCAGCGUACUGAAACAUAGUCAGCUACAUUCUCACCACAAUCAUGGCUGUCUUUACCACAGUAGAAAUGCUUAACUGUAAACAGCAUCUAGUCACACACUGAUGUCCUUUAUGUGAUGCACUCUGUAAACUUUUAAAUGCCAUGAAGAUGGUCCUCCGAGAUGCUGACUGUAGCUGCCACAUCUAGGUCUGUGGAUCACAAGUCAGGAUGCUGUUUUGUUGCCCUUUCUUUGUAGGGUGUCUAUCCACAGGGUGAAUUUGGUUGUCUACAUGAGAAUCUAUGUGAAAAAUGGUGUCAUUCAUGAAAGAUCCCAAUUCCUUGGAGUGGAAUGUCCCUUGUGCUAAAUCAUUGUAAACUGUUGGCAUAUUGACUGACUCAGUCAUGCAGGCAAAAGGGACUGCUAUGACACUACAGUAUGGUAAAAAAAAACUUGAGUUACUUGUAAUUGCUGCUUUCUUCAGAGUAAUUGCAAUCUUUACACAAAUCAGUAAUGUAUAAAACGUAAUGAGUGUCGCAAUGACAAGAGAUGAGGUAUUGACCUUAGGUGUUCUGAAAGUACAAUCAUAAUCAACAAUCCCUUUUGCUUCUACUGUGUUUGAGCUACAUCAUAGACACUGAUGAAUAAUUGAGUCUUUGCAGAUCAGAACAGUGCUGCAUGCUCUUAUUAGGGAAUUGUUUUUAGGCUGUGGGCCCUUUCCUUGAUUUUAAGUCACUAGUGCUUUUUAAUUUUUUUUACUGAAGCUUCCUUUAGGUUGUGCUCUGUAACAGUACAGAAAAUCUACGCCAAAUGCAAGUAUUCUCGGACCUGCCCAAGACUCGAAUCCACUCCUUCUCAAAGAGGAUUUAUUGUUUGCUCUAUUAAGCAGUUCAUGAGCUUCCACCGUGUAAAGAAAUCAUCUUGUUUACAGCACAAAAGAUAGUUUUGUGCCCCUUUUUCCCCCAUAUAGGUGCAUUUAGUAAUCAGUAGCUCUUUAAUAAGAGUGAGUUUGCACAUCACUAAGAAACCAGCCUGUACUAAAACUUGCCUAAAUGCAGCCUGAAAAUAAAUGGUCGCACACUGCAAAUGUAAAAAACUGUUCAAACUCUUCAUUCACAAAUGAAUGGAAUUUGCUGGACCCGCAAAACAAAGUUCAUGAUGAACUUGCUGGUACUUUUAUGCAUAUGAUGUAAAACUAUUAUUAAAGGUGAUGUUUAGUUCAAAUGCUUCAGGUUGCUAUAACUCCAAUAAAGUACUUGUUCUUUGUGAAAUUACAGAUUUGUUGGGUCUGGGCAGCUGAAUGAGAAUACAAUUUGUGAGUGAUUAGGAUGUUUGUGUUCCUACACAAUGAAGCGCCUAUCUUUGUAUGGUUCUGCUCUCUACAAUUUAGAUAACUGUGUAAUAUAUGAUCUUGUCUAAAGUUUUAGCUGGAGGCAAAAUUGUGCAAAUGGAAUGGGGGCAAUGCAUGUAUGGUACAUAUAUGAACAUUCUGGUGGCUGCAAUAUUUUACAAAUAAAGUCACAAAGUGAA